UGGUCUUUCAAGUAUUACCUCGGGUCUUUGGUUUCACUUACAAAGACAAAUGGACAAGUUUCAACAACGUUUCGGCUCCAGUACAAAACCCAAUUUUAUGUCACGCAACGUACCUUCAAAUUAACCUUCGCAUUUAGUCCCCUAUUAAAGAUUUUAGGUCUUGUUUGUGAUUUUUUUCUCAGAUUCCUCUUGAGCAGAUUUACAUUAUGCAAAUGUUGAUGAAAUAUACAUGUACAUGCAGCCUGCAAGGUUUUUAUAUCUGUUUUUAAUACGUUAACAGUGUAUUCAUUUGAAUUGUGUGCAAAAGUUGAUGGGAUUCUUAAGCCCAGAUCUUGGGACCUCAGUAAUUUUCAACAUUGAGGCUGGUGUAGGACUUGCAAAUUCCACCAACCUUACUGUCAAACUGUGUACUUGUAGUUUACAUCCUGGAGGUUGGAACAUGUAUUAUAAAGUUAAAUACAUGUUGUGCACACUGCAGUUGGAAAUUGGUUAACACAUACCUGCUAUAACAAAUCACUAGGGAUAGCAGACAAAUUUAUGCAUUUUAAACAGGCGAAAACAGGGAUAGAUUUUUUCAGAUUAUGGGUGAGAUAAUUCAAAUGCUUUGAUCUAAAGUUUUACAAAUGCCGAUCCGAAUCCACCCAAAGCCGACUGAACAAAGUUCGAUCCUAUCCGAGGCCGAAUUUGGACCAUGUCAGUUGGAAUCGAUAGUGCAUAUCUCUUGAAACUAAAAUCUAAUGGGCGUCAUGGUUUGGGGUCCAAUUGCUGGAAGUUACAAUUCUUCUGGAUUGUGUACAGUGUAAGUUUUAUCCACAGCCUUAUAAUUACUUAAGUUGGUUUGUUGUCACACUCAUGGCUUCAGCGUUAUACCCUACCUUGCGUAUUCAAAGUAGUUUAAAUAACAAGGGUGCGAAAUGUCAAUGUUUACACUACGUCGACACCGCCUGUUCAGUAUGGACAACAAGCAAUAUACCAAUGAUUAAUUGCCGUUUUUUUAAUCUUAUCGUAAUUACAGUCAGUCAGGAGAACAUAAGAGACAGUCCCUGUCUAUUGGAAAUGACGCCUCAUUCUCAUGUGUUCAGUACAUUUGUAAUAUUUGAAAUUGUCUGAAUUAUUUCACAGUUUAUCAUAAGAACGGUCACAGUUUAUGAAAUGUGAGCUAGUUGCAAUUCAUUUCCAAUGAGAAAUAAUUUCAAAUGGCAUGUGGUGGAUCUUUUUUAAGGAAACAUGCAUGUAGCACGUGACUUACUUGACUUCAAAGGAAUUUCUGUUCAUAGUGCUCAAUCUCAUUUUCAACGGACAGAAUUAAAGAAACAGUCACAUAUGGCUCCGUCAUUCUCGCCCUCUGUAGCUUUGUUGUAAAGUUCCCCGAUUUAUGCAUUGGCCAACCAUUUCUUAUACAUGCCAGUGUUGGCAUGACAAAUGGCUGGCACGAACCCACUCUCACCAUGCCAAUAUUUACUCACCUAAAUUAAAUUUGCAACAGAAUCGAAAGGAGAGGAGCGACAGAACGUGGUGCAAACAACACCGCUUCAGCAUAAAACAAAGUGAAAUAUUAGAAAUAGAUGAGUGCAGAAAAGAAUUCCAUGGUUGGCAAUACACUGAAGACAGAUGAAUCCAGCUUUUUCCUCCGGUUUUUUUUCUCUCGAGUAUUCUCCAUUUCACAUACUUGAUAGACCGAAGGCAAACAUUAAGCUAAUCAGUAAUCUGUCUGAGACAAGAAUACUCGAUAUUGUACGCCACUCUUAACAGUGCAUGGAUAUUAUAUUCAAUUUUCGUUUAUCAUGCUCAGUUUUUUUGAUAAAACAAUGACGAUGAACAUUGUACAGGUUUAAUCGUUUUAUAUCUGCAUUUGUCGUGGCAAAAUAUGGCUGGUCUUUGCUCACUUCUACAAAUGACAUCUUCUGAUCCUUACAGAGUCGCCUUGCAUGAAAUCUUGGAUUUUUGUUUUAUGCAUUAUGUGCCUGUUUCUAGGAAGCAAAGGAGUCGGGCUCGCUUUGAAUCGAUCCAGAGCAAUUACAAUUAAAUUAACCACCGCUCCUAACCUUCGGCAAUUAUUUCUUGAAGUUCUGGAAGCAAGCGGAAAUGUGCCGAUUCCUCAGAUCAACUUUCAAAUUUUCAUCCUUGUCUCUCGGGAUAAGUUCACUGAAGAGCACCUUGGAUAAUUACACCUGUCUCAUCGGCAAAAUUCUCGCCUUUGUAAAUUUUAUUCUCAUGCCGUGAUUGCUUUGUUCCAUUCAGUACUGCUUCUAGUUAAUUUCCUCUAAACGUUUGAAUCUGACCAAAGGCUUGUAUAAUUUUUAACUGACUUUGCAAGUCAAUUACAGGCCCAACACUCUUGCUACUAUGGUUUCAUUAUCGUAUAAACGAAAGCACGUGAGUCAUGCGAGAAAUUGGUGGAUAGUGAUUGGAGGAAAUAGGCAGAAUCUCGUCAUUGAAAAGUGGACGCGCCGCAGGCCUCAGACCAGGCAAUGAUGCCAAGCAACGACUAGAGGGAAAUCUCAGGAAUACUUUGUGGGACAACAUUGAUGAAAGAUACGGUCAAAAUAGCGCUUGCUGUGCACCAACCACGACGUCAGAUCAUUACGUAUUCUUUUGAAACAUAGGACAAUGGGAUUAGAGUAAACCAACGGGCGGUGGACGCUGUUUUGCCGGACGGUUUAUAGGUGAGGAAUUAUGUUGAAUAAAGUUUCUUCCGAUCCAAAUCACCACUGCUUAUAUCGUUGCCUAUAAUCUAUUGUGGUCUUUGGAAAUUAUUAAGAAAUGUUGACAAGUAUGCGCAAUAUUAUGGAAGCCAUUUAAAAAGACAACUUUGUUGACAAAUUUGUUUCCUUAGAAAACAUACCUGCCUGUCCAUUUUCAAAUUAUUUUUCAUUGUGAAACUAAUUUAUUUGGACCACAGUAGUAGAAAUUGCAAAUAUUAUGUUGACUGGAAACAAUCAUUAUCAGAUUUAGAUUUCUUGAUUAUGGUGGGUGUGAUCAAACAGAUGAUACAUGUAUGUCUUAAGUGUGCUACGCUAAGGGGCAAUGAAAGCUCUGUAUGCUUCUCUCGAUUUGGUCUCAGGAAAACGUAGAAAUUAGAUCAAGAUGAUGUUUGCUCUAUCAUCAAUACUCACAUUUAUAUUAUUUACAUGUACAGUUGGACAUUUUCCAAUGAACAAACCAACUGGGUGAUAUAUUGAUAUUUGAAUUUUUUUUUUAAGUUUAUAGAUGUGAUCAACUCGGUAAUGAAUCGAACGAUCGAGGAAUCGAAGGUGAACGUCAAGCAAGAAUUGACUUGGGAGGGAACAAUACUUUAAGUUUAGGAUAAUUAGACUGACGGACGAAUAACAAAGGGCAGACAUUACCAAGUAAAACCGUGUGUUUUAAUCACUUGUUUUUAUCACUGCAACACUGGCUGUAAUACUGAUUUUACCUGUUUCUACUCAUUUUGCAACUUUCUCCAUGCCCAUUAGCGAAGUGCGAUUGCGCUUAGAUCACUUACACUGCAGCGUCAAGCGGCAAAAUGUCGUGCAAUGCGCGUUUGAAUGUUGUCUGUGUCGUGUCACUGAUGUUGAGUAUUACUGUUUAAAAUCUGUAAAUAUUUCUUGGAAAGUGUCUUGCCAAACAGCUUUCAUUUCGAUGAAUUCUGGAGAGAAUAUUAUUUGUUUUGAUUUGUUUUGUGGCUAUUCUGGGAUAAUCUAUUGUGUGUUGAUGCAUUGUUUCUCUCAUGCGUCAUCAAUUUGCGCAUUAGUCGAGUCAACAACAGCAGUGCAAACGUCUUUACCAUUGGUUACAUCUUCUUCAAUCACCACCGAACAAAGAGCUACGACUUCUCAGUCAUCAACUCAGCCCCCCACAACUGUGAUAACAAGUACAGCGCUACCAACUUCCUCUCCUUUGACUGACGCGCAAACAACCGAUGGAGUUUCAACAAGUCUACGAGCAACUGAAGUUACAUCCGGGUUUCCUGCACCAACGGAACAGCUUUCGAACGCUACACUACCCCUGACUAAAUUAUUAAACUAUUCGCUACCCUCAACGUCUCCAGCAACCGUUGCACCUUCGGAAUCUCUGACCACAACCAAGUAUUUUCCAACAACAAGGCAACCUGCAUCGCGCUGCAAUUUGGACCAUAUCGAGUUCGAGUGUUUACCAGACAGUACUACAGUCGAUGAUGUCAAGAUUCACUCCUCUGAAGAACAAUUGCUACUUACUGAUCUGCUGGCACUAAUGACGUGGUUGGCGGACCAUGACGUCAUUCCAAACAGUUCUACAAAUGCUACAGGCUAUGUUGAAUCCUACAUGGAGACGGUCGAUAACUUGUUAGAUGACCGAUUUGUGAAUACGUGGAACCGACCUAACGCAGUACCGAUCUUUGCAACCAAUCUAGUCAUAUAUUCCCAGAACGUACUAACAAAUCUGGCAAGAAGCGCACCCUCCGAGUUUCGUCACGUCAGGAAAGUUCGUAAUUUGGAAUUUGAAGUCUUGAAGUCAACUAAUGUAAGUGAAUAUUGUUUCAAGUCACAGUUUAAUGAAAAAAAUCCAAGCACGACAAUAACUGUCAAGAAAGAAACAAUCGACAGCUUGAAUGUCACCGAAAAUAAUGACCUUGCCUUCACAACGUUGAUAGCAAGGAAAGGAAACCUCAUCCACGAAAGAUAUUCAAUGAAGGAACCUGCAAGUCAAGUCAUUGUUCAUUCACUUCAAGUUGAUGGAGAAAUUGUUUCCGUUCCGGUCACAUUACAAAUGAAGCUUCUGCAGGAACGAAAAUCCAACGAGGAACCUUUGUGCGUAUUUCUGGAUGAAGAUAAAAGCACUGUUCAAUGGAACACUCUUGGAUGUUUUGCCGACAAGACCAAAGACACGCGGUUUUCCAUCAUUUGCCAGUGUAAUCACACAACGAGCUUCGCAGUACUCAUGCAACUUCGGGAUUUCAAGAUUUCGGAUGGGGACGCAAAAGCCUUGGAAAUUCUAACUUAUCUUCUAUGUGGCCUAUCAAUCAUGGGUCUUAUGACCACACUUGCGGUGUUCAUGGCUUUGAGGUCUUUGCUGAAAUCAGAUCGUGUCACCAUCCACACAAACCUUUCGGUUGCACUAAUUUUGGCUCACUUUCUUCUGCUAGUGUCUAAUACAGCUUCAAAACACGAGAUUGCUUGCCGCAUCGUCACCCUCUUGAUGCAUUAUUUCUUCCUGGCUGUGUUUUGCUGGAUGCUUGUUGAGGGCGUUCAUCUUUAUUUUCAGAUUGUGCGCGUUUUCUCCAGUGGAAUGGACAGAAGAAAGCCAUAUAUGGUAAUUGGAUGGGGUACACCUUGCGUGAUUGUUAUCAUUACUGCAGCAUCCCGGUGGGACGAUUACAUCAAUCCAGACAGCUGUUGGUUAUCGACAGAGAACAAUGUUAUUUGGGCAUUCGUUGGACCUGCUUUGGCCAUCAUUUUGGUAAAUGCAGUGGUUCUUGGACUGGUUGUACGCAUUAUUGUCACCUCAGCUGCGGCCAACAAGGACAAGGAAUAUGAUCACAUCAAAGCAGGGGUGAAAGGAUCGUUGUUUCUUUUACCCAUUCUUGGUUUGACGUGGGUUUUUGGUGUGCUACCAGUGAGUCCGAGCACUAUCGUCUUUCAAUACCUCUUCGUUAUCUUCAACGCCUUGCAGGGGGUAUUCAUAUUCCUGAUAUACUGCGCCUUUAAUGCUGAGGUUCGAAAUGCAGUUCAGCGAAGCAGAGAAAAGCGCGCCCUCACACGUGGAGACGGCAUCUCAAAGGGUUCUACUGCAGAGAACUACGGCUAUCCGUUGAAAGGCGCUUGGGGGAAGAAGACCCGUGUAAAUGUGUCAUCUACUUGCUCUACAUCAGAACCACAAGGACAACAACUAGCCACACUCAAGAUACAAACCAAAACGACAACUCAUACAACUACACAUAUGGUUGUAACACAGUCAUCUGAUGGACCCUACCUUGCGCCACCGAACAUAAGAUUCGCUGCCUGGAAGCUAGAUGAAGAACAAUAAAGACAUCAGCAUAUCGGUGAAAAACAAAUCUGAUUGACUUGAUAACAUUUCACAAUCCGCCCCGAGCUGAAGUGCACCCCCAGUCGGCAAAAGAA